AUGAUUAGAUUUGGAAAAUCAUCCUAAUAAACAACCAAGAAUCCUAAGAAACCAGACAACCUUGAAAUAUUAACACUACUUGAUAAUUGCACACGUAUUUACAAUGUUCCUAAAAAUUAGUUAUAUUCAAAGAUGAUCGAAUUGCAUUAAGAAAUAUGGUAAAAGAUGGAAAUUAAGAUGUGAUUUCUAUACUAAAUAAUUAUAAGAAAAUAACUAAUCCUAAAGAAAUGUCAACAGAACUUCGUAAAUAUUUAAGAAAAAAAGGAGAAAAGGAAAAUGAAAAAGCUCCUUAAUGUUAAUCUCCAAAAUCAAAUAACAACCAAAAAUUAUUUCAAUAAUAACCUUAAUAAUUUCCAAAUAGUCAAAAGAAAUCAUGUCCUGAUUUAUGGAAAUCUGCAGAUACUUCAUCACCUAAAAUUAUUAAUCUUGCAAAAACCAAAGAAAUAACAAAUGAUGUUUAACUGUCUGAAAUUAUACUUACAGAUAGAAAUUAGAAUGAAACAAAAGAUCUUGAAAAAAUAUAGUAUUAUUCAACUAAUAAUCAAUAAUAUAUACAACAAUUACAACCUACUUUUGAUAAAUCUGAGAGAAAUUCAAAUACUAUUUAAUAAGAUAGUGAAAUAUUAUAUAGUUAAAAUUAGUAAUUUUUAGAGAAAGAUAUUGACAUCAAUGAAAAGAAUGAUUAUAUUGAAUCAGAAUCAUCAAAUGAAAGCAUUCUAAAACAAAUGACUGAGCCUCCUUUAUAAUUAAUCCAAGAUCAAACUAUAAAAAAUGAUAUUAAACCAACAUAACUAUUUUCCAGUCAAAACUCUAGUUAUCUAUAAAUUAAUAUAGCCCAAUCAUAUCUCUAACCUGCAUUAACAUAAUAACCAGACUUAUAAUAAAAUUUUAAAUAAAGUGUAGAAUAAUAAAACAAAGAGAGAAUUUAAGUAGGUGAUCCUCAUUAAAGUUAUAGUUUCUUUAAUUAUUAAGACUGUUAAAUAUUGGCAUAAACACAAUAUAAACAUUUGUUUACUAAUUGGCCUACACUUUUACAUAAAUUGGAUAAACCAGAAUAUAUCCCAAAUUAUAAAUCAGUUCUUUAUAUAGACACUACUCCAGAAUAUUUAUUCUCACUAUUAUUUCCUAAUUCAGCUUAUAUUAGAAUUAAUUACUUCUAAUUUUCAAAUUAACUUAAGCAAACCUCUUUAUAAAUUAACAUUGAUGAACUAUUUAAAGUACUUGAUAAAGAUGGAGAUGAUUGGAUUAAUUAUAGAGAAACUGGUUCCAUUCUAGAAAGUAUUUGUUUAUAAUAGGAAUAACCAAGAAAUUUUAUUAGAGAAUUAUUUGAAUCAUUAAAAUAACCUUAAAGUUCUUCUAAUGCAAUUACAUUGAUAGAUCUUCAAUAAUUAGAGAGAAUAUAUUAGUUUUAGUUUGCUCGACAGUAAAUUAUUUAUAAUAAUAUUAGAUUAAUGUAAGAAAUUGAUAUUUAUUAAAAUGGAAAUUUAACAUAUUGGGAUUUAUUUAUGCAUAGAGAUAUUUAUUUAAUGCAAAAAUUAUGUGAAUUAGUUAUUCAAUAACAAGAUUAAUACAAUAAUCAAGAAUAACAAUAAUGA